GGCGCGUCCCGGCUGGAAGGUCGAGCGCCGCCCCACGCACCGGCGGCGGAGGGUGCCUAGGCGACGGCCACGACGGUACCGCCACCAGCCACGGCCGCUGGGAGCAGGGGUCCAUCCAGUCUUGAGACUGCGGUGGGACGCACACCGGGAUAUCUCGGUGUACGGCUGGAGCGCUGAUACCCGAGCUGAAGCACUUCCAGCGGAAGACACAACCAACUCCAGCGCAAGAGCAUCAUGAGCCGACAAACGAACAUGACCCGCGCAGUUCUGACGCUGUUCCUCUUCGGCUUGUUCGUGGCGGCCGUCACCCAGAGUGAGGACGCGGCCGUUCGAGACCAUCUUCAGGUUGAUAAGCGGGCACUGGAGUGGCUGGAUCGGGACCAAUCUCCUCCUAUCAAAGUGGCGACCGGCGCUGGCGCCCGACGGGAGCCGGCUCCGAGACCGGCGCCGCUGCUCCGCCGGCCUCCCCGCCAGCUGACACGGGAGCAGCGCCGCCAGCGCCGCCUGCAGGACAAGCAGCGACAGCGCGAGCUGAAAAAGCGGCGCAAGGAGGAGGAGCGCCGCCGACGGAAACAGGAGAGGCUCGAGCGCAAGCAGCGCGAGCGCGAAGAACGGAAGAGGAGGAGGAAACUGGAGCAAGCGGAGAAGCGUCGGCUCAGGAAGCUGCAGAGGGCAGCAGAGAAGGGCAGGAAACGUAGCAAGGAUAAGAAGACAAAGGCGACGAAGUCCGAGCUUGCCUCGCCGGUGGUCAUCGACGUGCACCAGCAUUGGACGACAGCGUCAGUCUCCCUCUCUUCGCCCUCCGAGCGGACCUCCACGACGUCGGCAGUGACCCCGUCCACCACCGCCGGUCGCCAGCCGCCAAGCACGACUCCGACCUCAGCUCCCGAGCAGGCGGCGGCCACCACCACAGCCGUCCCGGCGCCGGCGGCCAAGACGGACCGCCCCCGGACCGAGGCCACGCCGUCGGGGGCCGGCACGACGGAGACCGCGAAGGACGAAACGUCCGCGUCGCCGCAGCCGAGCGCGGAGGUCGACGCGCAACCGCCGCAGAACACGGAACAGUUCGACGGCGGUCAGGACCGGCAGGUGUUCGACAAGGUGGAGAACAAGCGCAACGCCGAGGAUUAUGACUACGAGUACGUGGACGGCGAAGACUACGAGGGUGACUACGAUGGGGAAGGAGACGAGUACUAUUACUACGAUGAGGACGAAGAGGGGGUAGAGGGAGAGGAGGCAGAUGAAGAGCCGGCGACGGAAGCGUCGACAACGACGCCAGCGACCACAACAACAACAGAGGUCUCGACAACAACGCCGGCGAGCACCACCACUCCCACGCCGGUGCCGACGCGCUCCAGUUACGAAGGGGACCUCACCAGUCCCGCUGGGGACGGGUACGACGAGGGCGGCCACGAGGGGGACGGCACGGCGGCAGCGGCGGCUCCGGAGCGCGACAAUUACGACGAGCCGCUGGGCGACGACGAGUACGACUAUGACGCCGAUGACCACGACUACGAGUACUACGACGGCGAGGAGGACGAGCCCAGCAACGAGCUAGACGUGCCGCCGCCGCCGCCGCCACCAGCGUUUGUCACCACCCGAGCACCGCCAGACGCCGGUCCGCAGCAGCUGGACAACACCAUCGCCGUGUCAGCCGCCGAGGAGGAGCUGACCAACUCGCUGGCCGACUUGGACGAGGACGAGCCGCAGGUCUCUGGCGGCGACCGGUUCGUGGAAACGGCGCCGGACGCCAUCAACCGCACGCUGCUCGAUCUCUCGUGCCUGAAGCUGUUCGGUCAGGGCGACGUGCCCCGCAUCGUGCCGCCUGAGGUGGCUCAUGGUGCCGUCGUGGCGUACAACAGGGUAACCAACCCCGACUCUCCGAACAACGUCUAUCUGGAAGCGGUGUUCCUGUGCGACGGAGGGUACGAGAUGAUCGACGCGCGGGCGAGGGCGGUCUUCUGUUCCGAACGGAGGUGGCUCGGCACACUGCCUCAGUGCGCUUCGUUCGACGAGCCAGCUGGCGCCGCCUGCGGGGCGGACAAGGGCGGCUGCGCCCAGCGCUGUCAGGUGCAGGGCGAAGGCGUCCGUUGCGCCUGUCACAGGGGCUUCACGCUGGCCGAGGACGGCCGGUCGUGUAGAGACGUGGACGAGUGCCAGACCAAUGAGGCUGUCUGCGACGGAGUCUGCUUCAACAAGGAGGGCUCCUACCAGUGCUACUGCCCCACGGGCUACCGGCUGGCCUCCAGCGGUGACCAGUGCAUAGACAAAAACGAGUGUCUUCUGAGGAACGGACACGGCCCCUGCCAGGACACCUGCACCAACACCGAGGGCGGCUACAAGUGCUCCUGUGACGGGGUGCCAGGAACACGCCUGUCCUCGGACGGCCACACCUGUGAUGACCUUGACGAGUGCAAGGUCAACAAUGGCGGCUGCUCUCACGGCUGCCUCAGCACGCUGGGAUUCGUAUUCUGCACGUGUCCGGGCGGCUUCAUGCUUGACGACGACUGGAAAACGUGCAAAGACGUGGACGAAUGCGAGGCCCCGGAGGUGGCGGCCGGCUGUCCACACGGCUGCGUCAACACGCCUGGCAGCUAUCACUGCGCCGAACAGCGCACCGAAUGUCCCCAGGGCUUCGCACAAGCCGCUGACGGCAGCUGCCUGGAUGUCGACGAGUGCUCACAGGGUGGGUUUGACUGCUCGCACGGCUGUGAGAACCUGGAGGGGACUGCCGUCUGCAUUUGUCCAGCGGGAUUCACUCUGGAAAGCGACGAGAAAACCUGCACCGACGUCGACGAGUGCUCGGAGGGUGGGUUCGGCUGCUCUCACGGCUGUGAGAACCUGGAGGGGACUGCCGUCUGCACAUGUCCAGCGGGAUUCACUCUGGAAAGCGACGAGAAAACCUGCACCGAUAUCGACGAAUGCAGUGAAAACAACGGCGGAUGCUCGUCCAUCUGCGAGAAUGAGCCCGGCUCGUUCUCCUGCGCGUGUCCGCCCACGGAGACGCUCUCCGCCGACCUGAUCUCGUGUCAGCCGGCCGACCCGUGCCAGCAGAAUAACGGCGGCUGCCAGCAUACGUGUGAGAGUCGUGCAGACGGCUUCCGCUGCACUUGCUGGUCCGGUUACCGCCUAGCGCCGGACGAGCGCACGUGCCGCGACGAGGACGAGUGCUCGGACGGGACACGUGGCGGCUGCGAUCACGAGUGCAUCAACACGGACGGGUCGUACGAGUGCCGCUGCUACGACGGCUACCGGCUGGCGGCUGACGGGCGCAACUGUGAGGAUCUCAACGAGUGCAGCGUGGCGAAUGGCGGCUGCAGCGACAUCUGCUCCAACACGCCCGGUGGCGCCAUCUGCGCGUGCCGGCCGGGUCGCGCGCCCGGCGUCGACCCCAAGACUUGCCGCGACGUUGACGAGUGCCUGACGGACAACGGCGGCUGCUCGCACGAGUGUGCCAACACGGACGGCGGCCGCGAGUGCCGCUGCCCGGCUGGCCGGCGACUGGACGAGCGCGGCGAGGACUGCCUGGACGAGGACGAGUGCGCCGAGGGCCGGCACGCCUGUUCGGACGAGUGUCAGAACACGGACGGCGGCUACCGCUGCCUCUGCCCGGAGGGCUACCGACUGGAGGGCGACCACCGGUGCGUGGACGUCGACGAGUGCGCCGAGGGCGCCUCCGAGUGCAGCCACAACUGCACCAACGUGCCCGGCACGUUCCAGUGCGGCUGCCCGCCCGGACUCCGGCUUUCGGCUGAUGAGCGCACCUGCCGUGACGUCAACGAGUGCGAGCUGCACGACCCGUGCUCGCACAGGUGUACCAACACCCAAGGUAGCUUCCGGUGCGACUGCCCGCCGGGACUGCUUCUCGGGCAGGACGGCGUCACGUGUCAGGACAUCGACGAGUGCGACGCCGACGGCGCACUCUGCUCGCACCUGUGUCGCAACGUGGAGGGCUCCUUCGCCUGCGCCUGUCCCGCCGGCUGGCGGCUGCAGGCCGACGGAAGAACGUGCGUCGACGUCGACGAGUGCUUCGUCGACAACGGCGGGUGUAGCCACAUCUGCAUCAACCUGGAAGGCUCGUCUGCGUGCUCGUGCCCUGAGGGCUAUGACCUGAGCGGUCCGGACCGCAAGGACUGCGCCGACCGCGACGAGUGCGCCUAUGGCGACCUCUGCCAGCACGACUGCCGCAACACGGACGGCAGCUACCAGUGCUCGUGCCGUCCGGGCUACCGUCUCACGGCGGAUGGCGGCGGCUGCACGGACGUGGACGAGUGUACAGAGCGGCUCGAUGGCUGCUCAGACGAGUGCGAGAACACGGACGGCGGCUUCCGCUGCCUCUGCCCGCCCGGCUUCGUGCUGGAGCGUGACAACCGCACCUGCUCCGACCUGGACGAGUGCCUAGACGGCCGCGCCGGGUGCGAGCACAUCUGCGAGAACGUGGCCGGUAGCGCGCUCUGCAGCUGCCGGCCCGGCUACCAUCUGGCCGAGGACGGACGCAGCUGCCGCGACGUGGACGAGUGCGCCGAGCGACGCGGCGGCUGCCAGCAGCUGUGCGAGAACACGCCCGGCAGCCGUCGCUGCGACUGUCAGCCCGGCUUCCAGCUGGCCGAGGACGGGCGCAGCUGCCGGGACGAGGACGAGUGCCAGCGCCAGAACGGCGGCUGCUCGGACGAGUGUGUCAACACGCCCGGCGGGCACCGCUGCCUCUGUCGACCCGGCUUCCGGCUGCGGCCCGACAACCGCACGUGCGCCGACCGCGACGAGUGCUUCCAGAACGCGCACGGCUGCUCGCAUAUCUGCAUCAACCUGGAGGGCGGCGUGCUGUGCUCGUGCCCGCCGGGUCUCGAGCUUGCUGCCGACAACCGCACCUGCCAGGACGCCGACGAGUGCGACCUGCGCAACGGCGGCUGCGAGCAGCUCUGCCUGAACGACGACGGCAGCUUCCGCUGCGCCUGCCGCGACGGCUUCCGGCUGGGCGAAGACGGCCGCUCGUGCGACGACGUGGACGAGUGCGAGGCGGCCAACGGCGGCUGCCAGCACGACUGCGUCAACCUGGAGGGCGGGCGCCGCUGCGUGUGCCGCCGGGGCUUCCGGCUGGCCGCGGACAAGCGCAGCUGCGCCGAUGAGGACGAGUGCGCCACGCGCAACGGCGGUUGCUCGCACGACUGCGAGAACCUGCCCGGCGGCCACCGCUGCCUCUGCCCGUCGGGCAUGCGCAUGAGCGUCGACCGGCGCACGUGCCAGGACGUGAACGAGUGCGCCGACGCCAACGGCGGCUGCUCGCACCGCUGCCGCAACACGGACAUGAGCUACGUGUGCGAGUGCCCGCCGGGUCACCGGCUGCAGGGCGACGGCCGGACGUGUAUCGACGUGGACGAGUGCGCUGAAAACGUGCACCGUUGCUCGCACGAGUGCCGCAACUCGCCCGGCGCCUACGGCUGCGCCUGUCCGGCCGGACUGCGUCUGGAACACGACAACCGCACCUGCACCGACUUUGACGAGUGCCUGCAGCUGAACGGCGGCUGCUCGCACAUCUGCACCGACCUGUACGGCGGCGUGGCGUGCCGCUGCCCGGACGGCUGGGUGCUUGGCCGCGACCGACGCACCUGCCAGGACGUGGACGAGUGCCGCGCCGACAACGGUGGCUGCGCCGAGCUCUGCGUCAACACGGACGGCGGUCACCACUGCGCCUGCCCGUCGGGCCAGGUGCUGCAGUCCGACAACGCCACCUGUCGGCACAGCGAGCCGUGCCGCCGCGACAACGGCGGCUGCCAGCAGGUGUGCCACGAGCGCGACGGUCGCCCGCUCUGCAGCUGCCGGCCCGGCUUCCAGCUGCAGCCGGACGGCCGCAGCUGCCGGGACGAGGACGAGUGUGCCGAGCGACGCGGCGGCGGCUGCCACCACCUCUGCCGCAAUACGCCCGGCUCGUUCGCCUGCGCCUGUCGGCCCGGCUACCGCCUGCAGGCGGAUGGUCGCGCCUGCGCCGCCAUCAACUUCUGCGCCGACAACAACGGCAACUGUUCACACAUCUGCCUGAGUGUGGUGGGCGGCGCGCAGUGCCUGUGCCCGCCCGGCCUGGCGCUCGGCCGCGACCGCCUGACCUGCCGCGACGUGGACGAGUGUCGCCAGCGCGAGGGGCUCUGUGCGCACCUGUGCGAGAACACCGCCGGCUCGUUCCGCUGCCGCUGCAGGGCCGGCUACCGGCUGGCCGCCGACAAUCGGACGUGCGCGGACGUCAACGAGUGCCGGCAGCGCAACGGUGGCUGCGAGCAGCUCUGCGUCAACCUGGCCGGCGGCCGCAUCUGCUCGUGCCGACCGGGCCACCAGCUGCAGCCGGACGGCGUUUCAUGCCGGGCGCAGGACGCCUGCGUCGCGCGCAAUGGCGGCUGCUCGCACGGAUGCCGCUCGCGUGGCGGACGCGCCGAGUGCACGUGCCCGCGUGGCUUCCAGCUCGGCCGCGACGAGCGCACGUGCGUGGACGUGGACGAGUGCCGCUACCGCAACGGCGGCUGCGAGCAGCUGUGCGAGAAUGCGGCCGGCGCGUUCGCCUGCGCCUGCCGCGACGGGUUCGAGCUGGCGGCCGACCGGCGCUCGUGCCGCGAUGUGGACGAGUGUCGCCGCGACAACGGCGGCUGCCAGCACGAGUGCAUCAACGAGCCGGGCUCGUUCCACUGCGAGUGCCGCGAGGGCUACAGGGCCCACUGGAGGCACCCGGAGCAGUGCCGGGACGUGAACGAGUGUGCCUACCAGAAUGGCGGCUGCUCGCAGGACUGCUUCAACACCGACGGCAGCUUCACCUGCGUCUGCAGCGAUCGCUUCCGACUGGAUGCUGACGGCCGCGGUUGCUCGCCCGUGACGGAGGGCUGGUGCCGGCCGCCGACUGCGCCGGCGCACAGCGACUUCAUCUGCGACGCGCCGCUGGAGAGCGGCGUCGGCUUCCCGCUGGGCACACGCUGUCGGGUGCGCUGCCGCCGCGGCCGGCGCGUCCAGGGCGACGGCCAGGCCACGUGCCAUCAGAGUGGCCAGUGGAUCGGCGGCCCGGCCAAGUGCCGC